AUCACGAAGUAGCAUAUAUAGAAAACAAAAACCAAACCCUCCCUCCCGUUUAAGGGUCUCUCUAUCGUAUCGAUCAUUUCUGGGUUGGAAAUCCAAACCGAUAUCUAUCUUUAUACAUAUGGUAGUUUGAUUUUUCAUGCUGGUUUUUCCUCUUUGUUUCUUACACCAUAGCAUAGAUAUAUAUUCUUUCUUAAAACUUGCUAUUCCGAGAUAUAUCAAAGCGGUAAAUUCUAGAGGAUAUACUGUACAAGUUGUUUCUUGCUUCCUUGACCUAAGAUUAUUGUUUUUUUUUUUAUAUAAUCUUAUGAAGUUUUCUGAAACAUAUUGAUCUUUGUUUCCACGAUCUUUGGUUUUUCCUCUUUGAUCUUUGGUUCCCACAAAAUCCAGGCUAUUGAUCGUGAUAUUAUAAGAUCGACGCCUCCUUUAUCUUCUAUUUUAUAUAAAAUUAAAAUCAAUCUGAGAAUGGAUGCUGUUAUGGUACCGUAUUCAUCGAUGGACCGAUCAAUCUCUCGAUCUCCCUACAAGCAAAUCAAAACCCCAAGGAAAAGUGCUCGCGCUUUCAAUUCUAAAACCUCCGAAAAUCUCGUCCCCACGAACAUCUAUGGUGGUCUCUUGCACCACCAUCCUCCUCCUCCUCCUCCACCUUCACUCUCAUCUUCCUAUCCCCUCUCUGCCUCAAUCUUCAAUCGCCCACUUGGGCAGCAUCAUCACCAACAGCAGCCACCUCUUCUUCCUCUCCCAGCCCCCAUAACUCACCAAUCUCUCCCUUCUCGUGCCGGAUGCCUGAUCUCUUGCCCUCCUUCUACCCGAAAGACCAACAAACACAGAGACCAGUCCCUUGCGCCAAAGAAACCAAAACCCUCAAAAAGAGAGGAUCCAAAGCAAGAUUUGACAAAAAAUAGGCAAGCUAUUUCCGAAUGUUUGAUCAUGGCUUCGACUAAACAGUUAGGGCCUGACCCGAAUGAUCUACCCAGGGAUGUUUCCCGAGUUUUAGGUAAGACUCCUGGUAAGGUUGCCAUAGAAGAGUUGGAAGAGUUUUCGGGGACAGUUUUUAGUCUGGCUCCACCUCCGAGUAGUUUGCCACUGCCCAAGUUUUCUUUGAGGCCGAAGCUUUGUUUCAAUGCCGAGGCUACCGGGAUAGAUGCCGGAGCGACCGAUAGUCUCCGGCGGUUGUUACGCCUCCGGUGAAGUUGUUGUCGUUUGUUCCUGCGUGAAUAAAAGCAUCAUGAGCGAGUGCAGCUUUGCAUGCCCACAGUGCUGUGAUCCUUUCUUUUUUUUCUCUUUUAGAAAUUUUGUGAUCACCUUUGUUUUUUAUUCGGGUGCACAAAAAUAGGACGAAAUAUUAAGCAUCGGACCUUGUGGGGAUUAGGAGAUUUCCCAAGUUUUUUUUUU